UUCAAGUUGCCGGAAAUACGGAUUGAUCAGUUAACAACGAAGGAGAAAAAAGUAAACUGCAGCAUGGCGACCCCCAUGCAUAGAAUAAUAGCCAGGAGGCAAGCAGAGGCGAACAAACAACAUGUGCGUUGCCAGAAGUGUUUGGAGAUGGGACACUGGACCUACGAAUGCACAGGGAAGCGGAAAUAUGUGCACAGACCAUCAAGAACAGUUGAGUUGAAAAAGAAACUCAAGGAAAAUGACAACAAACCCCUCAGCAUCACUGGACCAGGAAGAGAAGGCUCCAGUGAGAAGAAAAUUAAAAAGAAGGCUAAAGACACCAGCGACAGCAGCAGUGAUUCAGAUGGCUCCUCCAGUGACUCAUCGUCAGACAGCAGUGACUCCUCCAGCACCUCUUCCGAUGACAGUGACAGCAGCAGUGACAGCGACGAUGACAGCUCUUCCUCAUCUCCCUCUUCCUCCUCCUCCUCCUCCUCCUCGUCCUCAGACAGCUCAGACUCAGGAAGCAGCAGCGACUCAGAUCAAGGACCUCCAAGGAAGAAGAAAAAGAAGAAAUAAACAACUAAGUGGGUUUUCUUUCUGUUGUUAUCCCUGAUUAAAAUUUUAGAUGUACUUUUUUUUUUUUUUUUUAAUCCCAUCACAGUUGGUUUGAUCUGCAUGGAUAGGACACUUUAGGGCUGUAAAUCCUACAGCUGUGUACUGCUCGUACAGUUUUGUUAGCAAAAAUUGACUAGGAUGAGAUUACUUUAAGUUGGCUGUUGCGUCAUAUGUCCUGUUUGCAAAACACAUUUCCCCUGUUACUUUUACUAAUGUGAUAUUUUCUCAAGAUUGUAGGUCUACUGAGGAGGUUAUACAUUUUUAAAGAUUUGAGGAAACUAGUGUGUUUAUUCAUGUUGAAUCCUGCGAUUUUUGUAUUAAAUUAUAUUUUUAGUCAAACUGAAUAUGUACAGCUCACAACCUUAAUAAGGCAACAAGACAUCUAAUUACGAAAAGACAUUAGUAUGAGAACUUUUCAAAGGAUACUAAAUAAAAGUUAAGUUUGUCAAAAUUCAAAUUAGUUUGAACUUAAAUGGUCUUGUUGCUAUGAAAUUGCAGUUGCUUGUUUCACUGUAAAAUAAACUUUGCUUGUUUUUUGCUUUGAAGGCCCCUGUAUAUUUGCUCAUGUAAAAGGGUUUAUAUUGUGUAAGUGAUACACAUUAUAAUGACUUUACAGAUUUGAAAUUGAGAAUAAAAUGAUAAUAAAUCGUC